AUGGAUCAUGAAAACCUCACAGAAUUUAUCCUACUGGGGCUUUUUCGUAAUGAGGAUGCUAAGGCCAUGUGCUCUGUGCUGUUUUCACUCUGCUAUCUUGCAAUUCUCUCAGGAAACCUGGUCAUUCUUCUCACCAUCAGGGGCAGCGACCUUAGUGAGCAGCCAAUGUACUUUUUUCUCAGCUACCUUUCUUUCAUGGAUGUCUGCUUCACUUCCACAGUGGCCCCCAAACUCAUCAUAGACUUCUUGGCUCAGCAGAACAUCAUCUCCUACAAAGGUUGCAUGGCCCAGAUGUUUUAUGCUCACUUCUUUGGGGCCACUGAGAUAUUUAUUUUGGUAGUCAUGGCCUACGAUCGCUAUGUAGCCAUCUGCAGACCGCUUCACUACAUGGUUACCAUGAACAGACAGAUGUGUUAUAUCCUCGUGGUGGUCUCAGUCAUGGGAGCUUUUAUCCACUCACUUCUGCAUGUACUACUCAUUAUCAGACUGCCCUUCUGUGGCCCCAAUCAGAUUGACCACUACUUCUGCGACAUAUUCGCUUUGCUGAAACUGGCAUGCACUGACACAAGACUGCUGGUUAUUAUAACCAUUACCACCACAGGAGUACUCUCCAUUUUGACUUUUGUCUCCUUGGUCAUUUCUUACAUCAUUAUCCUUUGCACCUUGAGGACCUGCUCAUCCAAGGGCCGCAGCAAAGCCCUUUCUACAUGCGGCUCACACAUCACCAUUGUGUUCCUGUUUUUCUUGCCCCUCAUCUUCACCUAUGUGCCCAUGGGUGAUUCUGUCAGAGACGACAAGGUGUUUGCUCUGUUUUAUACCAUGAUAGCCCCCUUGUUCAACCCUCUCAUCUACACGCUAAGAAAUACAGACAUGAAGAAUGCCAUGAGGAAAGUGUGGUGCCAAGACAAACUGUUUGAAGGGAAAUGA